AUGCGAAAGGAUCGGAAAAUGGCCGAGUUUCCCGAGUACCAGCUUGAAAAGCCAGGACCCCGCUUUACCUCACUUCUUACAACGAAUCAAGAAGAUGUUCCAAAGCGCAACUCACAUCUUGAGGCCGUUCAAUCUGAGCUAGAAUUACUCCUCCUCAGUGCCAGCGUGCGUCUCAGAUCACUCACAUCCGAAUCCAAGCUCCUGGUAGAUCCAGAGAUCGAUACAAACAUCAAAAAGCAUCGCGCAGCGAAGAGAUUCGUCCCCAAACGAAGACAAAGCAAGAUUCUAGAGGCAGCGAUAGAAGCGAAGCGUAAGCGCGCUGAAGCACCGGCUCCUCUUCCAUUGCCGCCUAAACCAAUUGAAUCGGACGAGUUUUGGUCAAUGAUGCUCCGAGGAUUGUCGGGCCCAAUCCAGCCAGAAGCGAAAAAAUCCAUCACCGAUAUCCUCGAUGCCCAAUUCGACAAGACCGUCUUCCAGCGCCCUCCUCGCCAGUCAAAUCGCAGGAAAAAUCGAGAUUCAAGCGCUGAAGAAGCCAACUUGCAGAAAAAGCUCCUGGACGCGUGUAAAACUGGGCUGAAAGAACAAGGAGUCGAGGUGAAAAUAGAAAUGCCUGAGAACUUGAAGGAUAGAUUGACCAAAGCAGGGGUCUACAUUGACGAUGAGAAUGAGGUUUUAACGGAGCUCACUAUCGCGCAAGAAGAGUUGAGGCAGCUUGUGACAGAGAAUAAAGAACACGCGACCAUCCUUUAUCGGCUAUCUCGCAAUCAUGAAAAGAGCCAACGAAACAAGCAAAAACUCUUCGAAGUCGACAAAGAAAUCAUGGAAAUGAUGGUCAACGAAAAAUACGAAUCCGAAGAGUUCGAAGCGAAAAUGAAGCUUCGUGAAAAAUACGAGAAAAACUUGGAGAAAUAUGAGAAAAUCAGGGAACAGUGGCUUGGGGACGAUGAAGAAACGGAAUCGGACGAUUCUAGCGGCAACGAGCUUGAUCGCCGCGACGGACUCGAGCUAGAAACUGAAACAAGCGAAACCGCUGAGACGAUAGAGUCCAAACCCUCUACGUCCAAAGCUGAACCUACCGCUUGA